AUGCUCGACGAUAUCAAGACCCCGAAGGCCAUGAAGACCGAAGUCGAACGAUAUGAGGUUGUUUCAGAUGCUGAGACAGGCAUCGUGAAGCCUAUUCAGGAGUCUGCGGCGAUGGGAACUGUGACCAUCACCAACCUCGACGAGAUCUUCUUGAUCCCAGCUCCUAGCGCUGAUCCUCAAGGUUUUCUGGGUCUUUCACUCGUUUCCGGGUUUGGUGGCCUCCUCACCUGGUAUAUCCCUAUCUAUGCCGCAGCCGGAGCUACAUAUGCCGACAUUACCGCGUUGAUGACGUACCCUUCAAUGUUCAUGGGUGUAGGAAACUUGGUUUGCAUGCCACUCGCUCUUGCAAUCGGAAGACGCCCUGUCUACCUUCUGUCGCUGUUGCUCCUAAUGGCAUCAGCCGUCUGGGCCGCAAAUGCCAAAAACUACAACGAACACCUUGGCGCCAGGAUGCUCCUCGGGUUUGCUGCAGGUCAAAGCGAGGCACUGGUCCCCAUGAUGAUUCAGGAGAUUCAUUUCGUUCACGAGCGCAGUACUUUCCUGAUGUGGCAAUCUGCUACGCAAACAGUUCUGUCAGCCGUGUACAUCAUCUGCGCAUCACCAAUUGCUGCAGCGGUCGGCCCAUCCAAUUGGUAUUACCUAGGCGCCGGCCUCUGCGCAGCCACAUCCAUCGCUUCCUUUUUCUGGGUUCCUGAGUCAAAGUACGAUCGCCCUCUGACUGCUUAUGGUCAGUUCUCGGCCGAAGAAGGAGGUGAGCUAGAAGGAUGUAGGGCGACCGCACCACAGCCGGCAAAGCUUUCCGAAAGACCUCCUCUGGAUACCACAAAAUUCCGUCCCCGCACUAUCUGGUCAGAUAUGCGCAUCUUUGUCAACAAACCGGAAUGGAUGGAAGGUUUCUACGGCUUCGUCAACACCUUCCAGGUCAUGUUGUUCCCCAAUGUGCUUUGGGCCUUUUGCUUAAAUGGUCUUACUAUUGGCGUCAAUAUCGCCAUUGGAACGACAUACGGCACUAUAGUACAUGCGCCUCCGUACAACUGGUCGGACAGUUCCGUAUCAUACGUCAAUGCUGGGCAGAUCGUUGUCGCCUUUGUGGCACUCCCACUUCUCGGUAAUGGCAGCGAUAUCAUAAUCAAGUGGCGAGCAAGGCGCAAUGGUGGUGUUCACGAACCUGAAAAUCGGUUGUUGCUGCUCUGGAUCCCCCUGCUAUGUGGGUGCCUUGCCGCCACGCUGUACGGCCUGGCAGCGCAAAAUCCAGGAGAUUACCACUGGUUCGUUUUCGUCUUCGCGAAUGCAGCGUACUACUUCGCGUUCGUUGGCGCCAACAUCGCUGCAAUUACAUACCUUCUUGAUUCCUACCCAGCACGCGCAGGCCCUAUUCUUGUCGUCAUAACAGCUCUUAGAGGCUUCGUAUCUUUUGGGACCAGCUAUGGUGUCGCCAAGUUCAUCGAGACCGAUGGCUACGACGGGACAUUCGGAACGUACGCCGGACUCACAGCACUUUUCGGCCUUUUGGGCAUACCCGUCUUCCUGUAUGGUAAGAAGAUCAGGGCCUAUACCGGCAAAUGGGCGAUGAAGAAGGCGUCAGGUCACCCUUCAAUGUCGCACUGA